UGUUGCAGUUGCAGUUGCAGGUAUGACAGCAGAUGCUGGUAUUUUAAUAAACAGUGCUAGAAUACAAGCACAGAACUACUUAAAGACAUAUAAUGAAGAGAUCCCAGUUGAACUAUUGGUGCGUCGUCUUUGUGAUAUAAAACAAGGUUAUACACAACACGGUGGUUUAAGACCAUUUGGUGUUUCUUUCAUCUAUGCUGGUUAUGACGAAAGAUACGAUUAUCAAUUAUACACAUCUAAUCCAUCUGGUAAUUAUUCUGGUUGGAAAGCUACAAGUAUUGGUGCUAACAAUGCUGCUGCUCAAACAUUAUUAAAACAAGAUUAUAAGAAUGAUAUCACUUUGAAUCAAGCUUCAGAAUUAGCAUUGAAGGUUCUUUCGAAAACAAUGGAUACCACCACAUUAUCAAGUGAAAAAAUAGAGUUUGCUACAAUUCAAAAGGAUAAAAAUGGGAAAAUCUAUCAACGUUUAUGGAAACCAGCUGAAAUCGAAGCAUUAUUAAACGAGACUGGUAUCACUAAAAAAGAGGAUGAUGAAGAAUAAACGUUGUGAAAGAUCAUUUCUAUUAGAGCUUUUUGUAUAAAUCUGCCUAUUCCAAUCAUGAAUUUCUGUUACUUCGAUUCUUGGAAGUUGUAGUUUUCAUCAGCUAUGUGAUUUAUAGCAGCCUCGUCGCGAAUGGUCAAAAAAAUUAAAUAUGAAAACAAAAACAAUAAA